AUGGGAGAGCAGUUUAAAAUUAUAGAAUACUCAUUAAUUAUCUUAUUUAUUGUUACAGGUAGUGUUUUCCUAAUUUCUACUAGUGAUUUAGUAUCCAUAUUUCUAUCAAUAGAAUUACAAAGUUAUGGACUGUAUUUAUUAUCAACUAUCUACAGAGAUUCAGAACCCGCUACAUCGGGUGGUCUUAUGUAUUUUUUACUAGGGGGACUAUCAUCCUGUUUUAUACUAUUAGGAACAGCUUUACUUUAUGCAAAUUCUGGUACAACAAACUUAGACAGCUUGUAUAUCAUAACUAGCAUAUCUGAUGAUGUAUACGAUGCAAUUCCUACAGUUGUUACUACUUUUGUGGCUAUCAUUGCCAAAAUUUCUAUCUUUAUUUUCUUAUUAGAAUUAGUUCAUUAUACUAUAAUAGGAACCGUGGUAGGAUUAACACAAUCUAGGAUAAAAAGACUUUUUGCGUUUAGUACAAUAUCACACGUAGGAUUUAUAUUAUUAGGUUUAAGUAUACACACUGUAGAGUCAACACAAGCCUUUAUGUUCUAUUUAAUUCAAUAUUCUGUCUCGAACUUAAAUGCUUUUAUCUUAAUAUUAACAAUAGGUUACUCUCUAUAUUGUUAUGCUAUUGGAAAACAAGAGGAUACCAAUAAAAACAAUGAUAAUUUAACGGAUGUUAAUAAUUCUCCUAUUCAGCUUAUUGAUCAAUUGAAAGGGUAUUAUUAUAUAAAUCCUAUAAUAGCCUUAAGUUUAGGUAUAACUUUAUUCUCUUUUGCAGGAAUACCACCUUUAAUAGGGUUCUUUGGUAAACAGAUGAUUUUAAGUGCAGCUAUUGAUAAUGGAUAUAUUUUUAUGGCCUUAGUUGCUAUAUUAACAAGUGUUAUAAGUGCUGUAUACUAUUUAGCUAUAAUAAAACAAAUCUUUUUUGAUAGACCAGAUUAUAUUAUAAACGAGGAACUAAAGGAUUUUAAUGCAGAGGGUUUAAUAACUGAAAAAAAUUUUAUUUUUAAAAAAGUUAAUAUUAAAACCAACAACAUUGUUAUAUCAACCUCGUUAAGUUUAUCUAUUUCAGUUAUUACAUUAGUAAUAACAUUAUUUAUUUUUAUACCUGAAGAAUUAUUAAGUUUAGCUAAUAUAUUAGCAUUAAUACUCUUUAAUUUAUAA